AUGCACACGCGGCUUUCGCGGUUUUCGGAGUCGCUUCCAGAUGCACAACCUGGCGGGUUUCUUCACCAUGCCGUCUUACACCCGGAUACUAGAGAGGACAGGAUGUCUGGCGCCAGUAGAGGCGAAGAGAGUCUGCAGUACCUGGUGGACUUUCUGCGAAGAACGCCACCUCCACAGAACAACCGAAUGUCCAUCCCCGACAGCUUCAGCAGCUCCUCUUCAGAAGAUAACAAGUGGCGAAAGAAGUUUACCACACUCGGCAGCUUACGCCGGAAAGGGAGCCAAAGAAAGACUAAGCACCGCCCUCCCGUCAUUCGGCUUCCAGACUCGGCGAUUGCUGCCACGACCAUUGACGGCCACCGACACAUUGCUAUCUCCAUCCCCCUUGAGCAUUCAUACUUUGGUCCAGAUGAACCGUCCCGUGUUCCAGACGCAGAGGAUAAAGAUCGGGAGCUCUCACCUGCAGUUGAACCAGACUCUGAGCUCCGGUCCAAGUUUGGUUCCAUGAGGUCGUACAGCUCUGAUCGGGCUGUAGUAGGAACCAGACUCGGGCCGGUGGCCGAAGACCGCGAGUCUUUUAUAUCAUUGCCUCCAUCGCUAUCGCCAAAGUCGUCCAUCCCGGACCGAUCAACGUCGCUUCGAGCACCCCCGCGGACCAGGGGGUCGGUUAGUUCGGCGAAUGACGAGAGACAUGACGAGAGGCGGUUCUCCUUCGGUGGAACGACACAACCAGGGAUGAUAAGGGGCCCUGGAGAAGGGGUGGCUGAAUCCCAACAAGACGAAGUUAGGGCCGGGCUUGUUGCUGCCGGAUCCCUCUCUUCUAAGUUUCGGCAGCCAGUUGUAGUCUUGCCACCUUCAACACAGCCGGAAGCGGAUAGAACGGCAAACGAAAGCCAUCAGCAGCCAGCAGAGCAAUGGACGGGCCAUACCCACGAAGUGGGCCAUACUCGGGACGUCAGCUCCUCAAGUGGCCUAUCCUCAAAUCCUCCCACGAUCAGAUUCUCGCUACCGGUGAGAAGGUCGAGUAAAAAUGCGAGGACAUCUCAGGAAACAGCCGAGACAAUUGACAACUUGUUGAGUCCGGGGUCCUCACACAAGAGCUCUUCCGCUUCUGAAAAUGGUAGUACAAGCGGUCCUGACCAGACUUUCGGGCAUGAGAGAGCACGAGGCUCCGUUGCAGAAAGCGUCGGUACAGUAGCGUCCGAGCCAAAGGUUAUGGAGGCAGAGACUGCCAAGGCAUAUCAUUCAAUCCCCAUUGUCGUGAGACCGCCUUCACAGUCGGGGUCGCUCAAACGCUUCAAAUUCCCUAUGCCACCUACCUCACGACCCUCUUCUUCAAAGGGCAUGGUCAGUCGCGGGGCUCAGACAGAUAUCUCGGCACAGUCUGUCAGUCGGAACCGCACAGCGCGUAAAGAACGUAUACGUCAGCGGAAAGAGAAGGACAUCAGCGAUAUACGAUCUAAGAUGCUCGAAGGGUCUGCGGACAAUGUUCGUCACCAGGAUCAAGAUACUAUCCACAGCGCUCACAGAUCUCGAACGCCGAGUAUUUCAAGGAAUGCCUCGCCACCAUUGUCAAGAAAGCCAAAUUUAUCACAUCUUCGCGUAUCGGCAGUAGGUCAACCACCGCCGCAGGGUAUCUCAUCCACCGGAUUCACGAGUCCGGCAAAGCGCGUGUCAUCAGAUUCUUUGAGAAGCUUGGCUACCAACUCCUCGACCUCCUCCUCGUCUCUCGUUCUCUUCGAUCACGCGGCCUACUAUCGCCGGAUAGAGCAGCGCGCAGAACGUGAGGCUCAGCAGGCUCGCGCUGCACGAUACGCCGCUGAAGCACGAAUGGCGGAGCGUGGGGAUGGCGAGCAGCUUUCGCGCCAGGAGCUUCUCCAGCGCUAUGAACAGCUGAAAGAGGCACGUGUGCACGAUAUGGAGAAGCGCCUUCGCCGCCUGGAGCGAAAUGGCGACGUCUGGGUUCGCUCUAUGCUCCCCUUAAUGGAGGGCCUCAGCAGGUUUCUGGAGGAGGAUAGCAGGCAUCAGCUACGUCAAUCUGUAACCGAAGCUACUUCGACCUCAUCGAGGAGGAGGCCGCGCUCUUCUGCUGACCUCUCUCACGGUGGAGAGCCUGAACGAGAAGCUGGUUCGCACACAUCUGUCCGUGACAUGCGGCAUAAGCAUAGGCCGGCACCUUUACAUCUAACGGAAAGUAACCUCAGGAGGUCCAAGACUCAUGCUGCGAGCACCAGCCAUUCUGAACGCCGGUCGAUCCUUAGACAUUUUCAAGGGAUGGCGGAAAGUAAGAGGGGAACUCGUAACAAGGCGGAGCGUCGCCACAGUAACUCUGAUCAAUACGUGCGAGAUAGAAAGGGAAAGCAACGUCAGACUGCCGCUGAUAGUGGUAGUGAUGAUGCCGGAGAUGCGAGCAAUCAGUAUUUCUCUUCGAUCAGCGGCAGGAGCUCUCUUGAUCCCGGGCUGGAGGAGCCUCUGACAGGAGAUAUUCCAGGGGCGUGGCAGAGCGCUCCGGAGGGGGAUAAAGAUGUCGGUUCAUCAGCCGCGACUGACAAGGGUAAAGGAAAGAAGAGUAAAUAUGGGACAAUCGAAACGCUUCAACAUGAAGUCGCUGACAUGAGAGACGAUAUCAAGAAGCUUGACGACGCUACGCACGGCUUUGAUUCCAAGGCCGACGCUUUCGAGAAAGAGAUCCGAGAGAUUCGGGUCAAGAAAGAAGAGAAAGAGGCCAUGUAUCAGGACCUCGCCAGAGAGUUCGACAAGCUGCGGGCAGAAUCCAACAAACACGAAGAUACCUCCAAGCUUGACUACCUGGGACAACAGGUCAAAGAAGUUCAGGCCCAAAGUAGGGAGAAGGAUUCUUUCUACAGAGUUUUGAGCCGAGAGUUCGAGAAGUUGAAGCAGAACGCGAAUAAGUCUCGGGAUGAGCCCAAGGCCGACCGCCUAGAGGAAAAACUCCAAGAGGUCAAGGCCCACGCCGAUGAGGUGGAUUCUUUUCACCAGAGUUUGACCGAAAAGUUCGAAACGCUGAAGAAUGAGGCGGCCAAGUCCCAAGAUGAGCCAAAGGCUGCACGCCUAGAGAAACAGAUCCAAGAGGUCAAGGCCCACGCCGAUGAGAUGGACUCUCUUCACCGGGACCUGAGUAAGAGAUUUGAGGUGCUGAAGACCGAGACGACCAAGCCCCCAGAUACCUCGAGGGUUGACACCCUGGACACGAAGAUCCGAGACGUUGAAGCACAUACCGCGCGCGAAGAGUCCUUCCACCAGAAAAUAACCAGGGAGCUUGAGAGACUCAAGAACGCAAUCAAUAAGCCGCAGGAUGCAUCGAGGGUCGACACCCUGGACCAAAAGCUCCACGAUGUCCAAGCCCAAACUGAGCGUGAACACUCAGUCAACGAGGACCUGGCACAGCAGCUGGAGCGGCUGCAGCACCUCGUCAACAAGCCCCAGGACACAUCCAGACUCGACACGCUGGACCAGAAGCUGCACGACGUCGAGAUCAAGACGGAGCGAGAGCACUCGCUGCACGAGGACCUGACCCAGGAGCUCGAGAGCCUGAAGGUCGCGGCCCGCCGGUCGCAGGACACGCCGGGUGCCGCGGACGCGCUGGCGCAGAAGGUGCGGGCGGUCGAGGCGCACGCGGCGCGCGACAAGUCCUUCUUCCAGCAGGUGGCGCGGGAGCUGGAGCGGCUGCGGACGGCGGUCGGGCGGGCGGCGCCCGACGCGGCCAAGGUGGACGAGCUGGAGCGCAAGACGCGGGACCUCGAGGCGCAGCUGCGCGACAAGGCCACGCUGGGCCAGAAGGGCGACAAGGGGAACCGGGGCCCGCGCGGCGAACGCGGCCCCGCGGGGGAACGCGGGCCGCCGGGCAAGCUCGGGCCGCAGGGCGAGGCCGGGCCGCAGGGGGAACCCGGCUCUCCCGGUCUUGUGGGUCCUCCGGGGGCGAUGGGUCCCCAGGGAGAGCCCGGGCCGCAGGGGGAGCGCGGCCCACCGGGAGAGACUAUCAUUCAACCUGUCAUCAGAGACGUAUCAACGACAGAAGAGCCGGCAACCAACGAGGACCAGACUCAAGAGGGCAAAGGACCGGAGAACGAGGAAUUUGCAUUACUGUAG